AUGGCUUCUUGGAAGCUUCACAUUAGUUUGAUUGUAUUGUCCAUCUUUGCCAGCACUUGUGGUUCUACAUUCAUCAUUACUAACAAUUGCCCUUACACAAUAUGGCCAGGGACUCUGGCCGGUUCAGGUUCACCUCAGCUUUCAACAACAGGGUUCCAGUUGGAUUCUGGCCAAAGCAUCGCUAUCCCCAAUGUCCCCGGAUGGUCUGGGCGAAUAUGGGCUAGGACCGGUUGCACUUUCGACGCAACAGGUUUGGGCUCAUGCCAAACCGGAGACUGUGGUGGGAGGCUCGAAUGUGGGGGCAACGGCGCCACACCUCCAGCAUCGCUCUUUGAGAUAACCCUUGGAGAUGAGAAAGAUUUCUAUGAUGUCAGCAUCGUCGAUGGCUACAACCUCCCACUGGUUGCCGCUCCACGAGGGGUCAAUACUCCAUGCAAUGCCACCGGCUGUGUCGCCGACAUCAACAUGGGUUGCCCAAAGGAACUGCAGGUGAUUGGGAGUGAUGAAGGCCCAGGGGGAGUCAUUGGGUGCAAGAGCGCAUGCGAAGCAUUCAGGCUAGACCAGUAUUGCUGCAGCGGGGAGUUUGCUAACCCAACGACAUGCAGGCCUUCAUUCUAUUCAUGGAUGUUCAAGAGAGCCUGCCCAAGAGCUUAUAGCUAUGCAUAUGAUGACGGAACCAGCACCUUCACUUGCAAGGCGUCUGAGUAUGCCAUAGUUUUUUGCCCCAACAGUGGGAUGAGGCGAGUAGACGAUCCACCAGUGAGGGAAAGUUCAAAUGAGAAGAUUGAAGCAGGAAUUGUUUCAUCUUCAGCCACACUAUUGCCCUUCCCCAUCUCGAUACUUUUCCUCGUUCUUGCUCUAUAUGUUUGACACGCCCUGAUGCACUGCAUCCGACAGCCCGGUUCUCGCCAAGCGGCAGGAUGAGGAGCCCGCCCGCAAAUCAAGCAGACAAGAAGCUAUGAGGUCAAUACAAAAGGAAAAUGUGAUGAUUCAGUUUGAAGUUCAGGAACGGUGUUGAUGAUGGUGCUAAUGUAUCUCACAGAACUGCAUCUUGGAGGAAUAUCAGCUGUAUUUUCUGACAGGACACAUUCAAAAUGUCAUGUAAUAAUCUUUGUAUACUUUUAACUUGCAAUUCUUUCAUCAGAAAGCCAUGUUAUACAUUAUCCACCAAGUUCAAAUA